AUGGCGGUGUGCGGGAUCAAGAGAAAUUUCGAAGACUUAUCUCCCUCUCCUCUCGUUUGCAAGAGGGUUCGCUAUUCAUGUUCUACUUCGCCGAUUAACACCCAAAUCCCCCACAACAAUUCAAGCACCGCCAUCAAAAACCCAGGAUCUGCCGAGGAAAAUCCAGCAGAAAUUGAUCUAUCGGCCCCGAAGAACGGCGUAGAAUGGACGCAUUCUCUGAUCAAUAAACUCAUGGCCGCAAAGAGCGUGGAGGACGCCAUGGUUUGUACAACCGGAGUGCUGGGGGAUUUUGAAAGAAGCAUUGGUGCGCGGAUUGAAGCCCAUCUCAACCAGGAAUUUAUGUCGUUGAAGGAGCAAGCUGAACGGCUAACAGAGGAAAACACGAUGCUCAAACGCGCUGUGGUGAUCCAACAUGAACGCCGGAAAGAGUGCGAGAACAAGGACGGAGAGUUGCAGCAUGUGAAGGAUGUGGUGGUGCCGCAGCUGAGGGAGAAGUUGAGAACAAUGGAGGUCAACAAUUAUGCAUUGUCAAUGCAUUUGAAGCAGGCUCUACAGAACAGUCCCUUUCCUGGGGACUUCCAUUCUUAUGCCUUCUGA